AUGUCUGUGCGAGUUGUUGUGAGGUGCAGGCCACUGAGCGACGAUGAACGGCAUGAUAAGACCAGAGUGAUUGUGCGCAUGAACGACAACGAGGUCCAGGUGGUGGGCUCGUUGGAGGGGCACAGUGGGAAGUUCUACUACGACGAGGCGCUAUGGUCAGCGCAGGUGGUGGUGGAGGGCAGCAAGAACCCGCACGUGCCGCAGGAAGCCGUGUACAAGCCCGUCGCAUUCGAGCUGAUCAACCACGUCCUGACGGGGUAUAAUGGCUGCAUCUUCGCGUACGGUCAGACCGGCAGCGGCAAGACAUAUUCCAUGAUAGGCACGCCGGAGGACCCUGGCGUCAUUCCGCGCAUCGCAACAAACAUCUUUAGGGAGACGAAGAGCCUUGCCGACAACGGCGUUGAAUCGUGUGUGGAGGUGUCCUUCUUUGAGAUCUACAACGAGAAGGUGCGCUGCCUGCUAUGCCCCGCCGACGGCGACUUUGACAACUCGUCGCUGCGGGUGCGGGAACAUCCGAAGUUUGGCCCGUUCGUGGAGGGCCUCACGAAGUUCGUCGUGUCGUCGGAGGUGGAGUUUCUGCGUCUGAUGCGCGACGGCAACCAAGUCCGCACCGCCGCCGCGACGUCGAUGAACGCGGUGAGCAGUCGCUCCCACGCCGUCUUUGCCGUAACGCUGACACAAAAGCGCACAAACGGGCGGCUCGUGACGACGAAGACGUCUCGGCUGAACCUCGUCGACCUCGCCGGCAGCGAGCGUCUGUCCAAGACGAUGGCGACGGGUAGGCGGCUUGUGGAAGGGGCGAACAUCAACAAAUCGCUUGCGUGCCUGGGCAACGUCAUCAGCAGCCUCGCGGAGGAGCAGGAGAUGGGGAAAUCGCGCCACAUUCCCUAUCGUGACUCCGUUCUCACGUGGAUCCUGAAGGACAACCUUGGAGGUAACUCCAAGACGGUGAUGCUCGCCACCAUCAGUCCCUCCUCGGCGCAGUACGAGGAGACGAUGAGCACGCUGCGCUACGCGGAACGGGCAAAGAAGAUUGUCAACAAAGCAGUGGUCAAUGAGAGCAACAAUAACGAGGUGAUCGCCGCGCUGCAGAAGGAGAUUGAAGAGCUGAAACUCCAGCUGCAAGGUGCAUCGGAGAGCGAGCGCAUCAAAUUAUCGGAGGACCUAGCAGCCAGUGAGGCGAUUCAGAAGGAGCUGCAAAUGUCGCUCGAGGAAAAACUCGCAGAAACAAGAAGAGUGAUGGAAGAGCGCGAGACAUACAUGCGUCAUCUUGAGGAGCAGCUGGAGACGCAACGGGGUGAGAUCGAGAAUCUGCGCAAUGAAAAUGCGGAGAAGGAGCGGCGUAUUGAGGAGCUGCUGCAGCACAUCGAGGAGGUGCAGAAGAGACUUGGUGGACGGGGGAAUGCGGAGGUAGAGCAGCUGCUUGAACAAGUGGCGGCAUUGGAGUCUGAGCAGCACGCGGCUACUGAGAAGUGUGCACCGUCGAGCUCUUAUGUUUCACAGGACAUCGAUGAUGUGCUGCUGCGACCAGAGCAUCUGGGCAACGUGCGGCCGCAGGAGCUAGAGGACAGCAGGGUCACCGUCCGCGCGUUGGCAAAGGCCUUUGAAGCGAUCGGGUCGGAUCCGCUAGUGGUGAAGCGCACCGCUGCCACGGACGAGGUGCUGCAUUUCGACCCCGUCGCGAUGCAUGUGCGUGCCUUUGAAAAGAGGGCGGCGGGGGACCAACAUCCACCCGAUGCUCCCACCGAGGAGGAAGACUUGUUGGAUGCGCUGCUUGGCUUAGAGGAUGAUCCCGAGCAGCAGCAGCAGCAGCGGGGCGACGACGCCAAUGAGAAUGAUGAUGUUGAUUUGGAGCUUGACCUCGACGUGGAAGAAGAUGAAGAUGUCGUGUUGGAUGAAGACGGCAUGGACAUGGACCUUGACCUCGAACUUGACCUCGAAGACGAGGGAGCAGUUGAUCAGGCAGGAGGACAGGAGAAUGGGGCUGAUGAGGCGGCCUCAGAGGAGCUUGAACUGGGGGAUGAUAAUGACGAAUACGGCGAGGCAAGUUCGCAGGCCGACUCGCUAGAGAUUGACGAUGGUAUGGAGGUCGAAGUCUACGAGGAGGCCUUCGCUGGCGACGCGGAUGAUAGCCCGAAGGUGCCGAAGGAGGUUAAUGAAGGUUUCACCUCCUCUGACAUGGUCGAUGACACGAGUGCUCCUGUGCCAACUUCUACUGCCAGCGUUGCGACCGCCACCGAUGGUGUGACGCACAACGCCGGCUUUCUCUCACCCUUUCCGACCAUCACGACACUGGUGGUACCAUCGCACGCUCUACCCAACAAUCGCUAUCUCUGCGAGCUAUUUCGAGUGAUUAAAAUGAGCGACAUGAUGCUCAUUGGGACCAAGAAGGAGCGGAUUUGGCUUGUCGACUUCUUCCGGCGUCGCUUUGCAAACCUGGAUAUGAGUGGAUACAUUUCGUUUGAAUAUCCCUCUGGCAACCUGUAUCGUGUGGAGAAGGACCCCGUCAACUCGAGACGUCUGACGCUUCAUUUCUUUGAGGCGCCACACCCAUACGAGUUAGAGUUCACAUCAAGUGACCGCCGGCAGCGCUUCUACGAGGUGGCCAUGACGCUUCGACGCAAUUCGAUCAUGUGGUGCCCCUCGUUGUGCCUCGAGAAUGAAAACGACACAAUUCUGAACGUGCAGGGUACGACGGUGGACCGGCCGAACGCUAAGCAGGUAAAGGUUAAUGGGGAGACAAAGCUCAUGGUUGCCCGCAUGCCAUAUGAGGUGAUAGACUUGUGGUAUGGCUGCUUCUCAAUGAAGAGCCGCGCGCUGCCACAUAGUGCCGCCGUGCUUGGAAGUUUCCUGCCGCGUAACUCACACGAGGUCUACAUCAUCGGCGUGAUGGACGUACCGCAUGCUUUUAUCGGUAAUGACGAGCUGUCCCGGUUCUUUCUUGAGUACCUGGGUGUGUCGCUCUACUACGUUCUUGCCAACACUACCGUGCACUCCAAGAAGAAGAACACAAAUAACGCUAUUAUUAUCAUUGUUCGGCGCUCCUUUAUUCUACGAGCCUCACACAUUGAGGCGGUAGAGACAACACCAGUGUACAGGGAUGACAUUGCGAAGGGCGACUUCACCGCGGUGGGUUGUGCUCUGCGCAUCAACGAGACAACCCUCGGUCUCAUUCUUGUCAAUGCGAAGCUGUCAAGGUGCUCGACAUUGGCACGUGCCGGAUGCCUGCGGUUGUUGAUGAGUAGUUUUCCAUUUGGCGACAUCUCUGUUGAUGUCGGGGUGCGGUUUGACUACUUUAUCGUCUCGGGUGCCUUCAAUUUUGGGACCGACUUUAAGAGUGACGAUAUGCUUCUUGCGCAGAUGAAGGCGGCAAAUCUCAUGUCGGAUAUGGAGGAAGCCACGCCCAGCGCCGCUAUACUGAAUGCGCCGGAGUCGAUACGCAUCUUCUACGCCGUUCGCCCACAUGUGUGCCGUCUUGACAUCAAACAAUACACAAGCUCACGGGCCCUGACGAUGCCCAAUGCAUUUGUGUCUGCGGAUGUUUUCUGCCAGCGGGCCUUUCUAAGUGUCUUUGGUGAACAGGUUCCGUGUGUCCAGCUGGUUCUGGACAAACUGGCGCUCAUCUCACCAAACGGGCGCAUUCCGCCUGUGUACUCCCCGGAGCUGCGCAUCUCCGCGGACUGGAUCGACGGCAGCCCACUCCACGCACCAUUCGCCAAGAGCAGUGACUCAUACACGCUGUCGGGACGGGCGGUGCCUGUGGUGGCACCAACAGUCAGCAACAUGGAAUUCCUGCGUCUGCAAACUAUCAGUUUCUCAUUGCUGGGAUUCCUCGACACAUCCAAAAAAAAACAGAAGACAGUCAUUGCUUCGGGUGCUUUACCAUUGAAGAACAUGUUUGAGAUGGGUAAGGCUGUGGAGUUUGAUGUUUCACUGUAUUAUCGUGCAUGUCGCGUAGGGACUCUCAGAGGCUCACUCUUGAUGGUGUUGUAUGAAAGAAACACUACGGAUCUUGCUGGGCUUCGCUCCGAACGCGACGUUGUGGUUGUAUCGUGCUACGAGAACCAAGUACUAGACGGAAAGAACUGGGUGCCGACCAUUUUUUCGCAGCACCAUGCUUACAGCUUUUCGCUUUCUGAUGCAACGAUGGAAUGCAGCAGGGAGAGCUUUGAGCUUCCCGAUCCGGCAAAAUGGAUGUGGCUUGACCAAUGGCGCCAUGAUGUACUUCAGUACGACGCGGAGGGGUGGACUUAUGCCACGGGGUUCCACCAGCCGUUUCAAUAUAAGUGCAUGAAGUCCUGUGGUGUGCGUCGGCGUCGCUGGACGCGGGCUAUGCAGGCUAGCGAUCCCCUCACCCUGCACAACUACCUGAUGCUUCUGAAGUCUAACGGCCAGGCUUCUCAGGCUGAUUAA